AGGGCUUGCUGGUCCUGAAAGGUGUUUUUGCUUGUUUCUGUGGCAGUAGUACUCAAGAAACUUAAAAAAAAAAAAAAAAACUUGGCUUCUCUCUCUAUUUAACACACCGUCUUCUUCUCCACUUUCUUUUGCAUUUUUCGCUCUCAUUCUUACACACCUCAUGCUGUGAAUUUUUUUUUUCAUGCGGAAUCUUUCAUACCUCACUAAGUUGCGUUGGUGAGUGAGUGAGAGAGAGAGAGUGGUAGAGAGAGAAAAUCGAGAUCGGAAAAGAUGUCGUCGUCAGCAAAUUCGCCGUGUGCGGCGUGCAAGUUUCUCCGGCGAAAAUGCACGACAGAGUGCGUGUUUGCACCGUAUUUUCCACCGGAUAACCCUCAAAGGUUUGCAUACGUACACAAAGUUUUCGGUGCGAGCAACGUGGCGAAGCUACUUAACGAGCUUACGCAGAGUCAGCGUGAGGACGCCGUGAAGUCACUGGCUUACGAAGCUGAGGCGCGGCUUAGGGACCCCGUUUAUGGCUGCGUUGGUCUUAUCUCUCUUCUACAACAUAAGUUAAGAGCGAUUCAAGGUGAACUCAACAAUGCUAAAAAGGAACUCGCAACUUAUAUUGGUCCUCAAGCUCUUCAGGGAAUUCCUACGAGUAUUCUUCAACCCCAUAAUAUCCAAAGCAACCCGUUUUCAAACUCACUUUACCCAUAUAAUGGUAACGUUUCGGGGGUGACAGCAGCUAAUCAGAUGGUGAUUCGUGAUCCACAACCUAUGACACCUCAACAUCAGAUCUUGGAAGCUCAGCAAUUGGCUGCCGCUGUUGCUGCUAGAGAGCAACAAGAGAUAUUUAGGACUUUUGAAAAUCAACAACAGCAACAGCAGGAGUUUUUGAGGUUCAGUGGUGGGUUCGACGUGGACUCGGUUUCAAAUUCUCCUUGUGGGUUCAACCAAGUAUCUCCAGUUUCAGCUGCUUCUGUUGGUGUUGUUGCUGAUCAAUUGUCUCCUUCUUUGGCCUUGGGAUCUUUUGACAAUACUUAUCACCACAUGCAACAAACACAACAAGGACAAGAGUCUCAUCCGCAUCAUCAUCAUAAUCAUCAUCUUCCACUUCAAGCACAGCUAUUGCUCCCUCCUCAGCAGAAGCAAUCACAGCCACAAACUCAACAUUCACCAUUAGCACAUCACCAACAACAGACGGAAAGCCAGGAGUGUAGGAGUGUUGGACUUGGUCCUUCGUGUUGAUUUCAAAUUUUGCAGCUCUUGACACUUCCUGCUUUUUUGUCCCACAGUUUUCAGCCUAGUUCUUACCUGUCGGAUACAAAUGGAUAGCGAGAAAAAGAAGAGGGGGUAAAACAAACUUUCCUAUGCAAUAAAGUAUAAGCAAAAUGAUUCAAAAAGUUAUUUGUAUUUGGACAUAAAAUUUACACCUAAUAUUUGACUUUUUGAAUCCUUUUUACUUAUAUUUUGUUAUAAAGGGAGUAUAUGUGAGAUUCAUUUAUCCACAUUGUUUUGUUUGCCUUUGAAGCAGACUCCCAAGACAUGAUUAAAAAAGUAAGCUGAUUAUUUGAUGAUCUUGGAGACUGACUUUAUUGAAUCUUAAGCAGUAGCUACGUUUUAAUUAAGUUCUCUUUAUAGUUAAAAACUAAAAUGUAAAUCAGGAUUCAGGAAGCUUUUAAAAGGCUUUAAUUAUUAGCCCUUUCUCAUAA